AUGUUGCCCGGGGCGGGCAACAGGAUCACGGACGUUCCCGGCGUAAAGGUGGGACACCAGACCAUUAUUGAGGGUAAUCUCAGAACCGGGUUUACGGCAGUUCUGCCCCAUUCCGGCAACAUCUUCUUGGAAAAGAUUCCCGCGGCUGCGGAUGUGAUCAACGGCUUUGGGAAAAGCGCCGGUCUCAUGCAGAUCGAGGAACUCGGCACCUUGGAAACGCCGAUCCUGUUGACCAACACAUUUGGCAUUGGCACUGGCAUCAACGCCUUGAUCCGGCGGGAACUUGCCGAAAAUCCGGAGAUCGACAGAUCCGGAGGAACUGUCAAUCCGCUCGUCAUGGAGUGCAACGACGGUUAUCUGAGCGAUAUCAACGCAAUUGCGCUGACUGAAGCAGACGCGUUUUCCGCGCUUGCAGCCGCCUCAAGUGACUUUGAGCAGGGCAACGUCGGUGCCGGGACCGGCAUGAGUGCAUUCGGUUUCAAGGGCGGAAUCGGAACGGCUUCGCGUGUUUUUGAACUCGACCGGGGACAAUUCACGCUUGGAACGCUGGUACAGGCGAAUUUCGGCAAGCCCGGUGAUCUGACACUUCCCGAUGGCCGCAAGCCGCAUCCGAACAAUACCGAUCAAACAGAAGAACGGGGAUCGGUGAUCAUCGUAGUCGCGACCGAUGUGCCUUUGGAAAGCCGCCAGUUGAAGCGCGUUGCACGCAGAGCAGCCGCCGGUCUCGGGCGACUGGGGGCCUUUUACGGCAAUGGCAGCGGGGAUAUUUCACUGGCCUUUACCACUGCGUACAGAGUGCCGCAUUUCACCGAAGGCGAUUUUAUCGCGCGCGAGAUAUUGCAGGAAGACAGAAUCGAUGCCCUGUUCAAGGCGGUGGCCGAGACGACCCAGGAAGCGGUGCUGAAUGCCAUGAUUUCGGCACCGGCAAUGCGUGGAUACAAAGGGCGCAGCCGGCCCUCCUUGAGAGACUGGCUCAACGGUUCGGAUUGA